GUUCAGGAGACGCUGCCAGUGUGACGUAUAAUCUAGUGGACGGGACGCUUCUUCUACAACAACAGCUAGUCAGACACCUCCGUAGCUUUCUAGCAAACAUAGCUACAACAUUCACGCUCUUUACACGGUUUUUUGUGUAUUUUAGUUCCUGUGUGUGAAAACACACUUCUGUCGUAUGUACUUAUUGGCCCAUUUAAUUAUAUAUUGACGUUGUUUGUCAGCUAGCUGGUUUGCUAAAUUAGCUUAGAACUAGGCUAGUCGCUAAUGCUAGCUAGCUAACAUCUCCGACCAUGAGUUCACUAAGCAACUCUUCUCCUGAUAAAGAUGAGGAGGUCGGCUGGACGGAGAGAGAAACUCUCGUGAAAGAGGAAAAGGAGGAUGUCACAGUACAAAAACCAGUAGAGGGUGAGGCUGUUACCGUGAAAGAAGAAGAGAAAGACGUUUCAGUGAAAGAAGAGGAAUACUCGUUCAGAGUGAAAGAGGAGGAGGAUGUUACAGUAAAAGAAGAGGAGAAAGAGGAGGAUGCAGUUUUUGGAGUGAAGGAGGGGAACAUGACUGUCACAUUGAAAGAGGAGAAGGAAGAGGAGUUUGGAGAUCUGUUUAACACCAGAGAGAGACGACACUAUCGUGGAUCCUGUGGCUCCUCUCGGGAGCCUCAACAACAUCAUGAUGCUGACGAGGCAGAGAAGAGUCUCUCCACAUCAGAACACCUCAAGAAACACCAGCAGAAACCCACAGGAAAGAAAUCUCACUGCUGCUCUGACUGUGGGAAAUGUUGCAAAUCUUCAUCGGAACUUAAAAUACACCAGCGAGUACACGCAGGAGAGAAAUCUCACCACUGUUUUUACUGUGGGAAGAGUUACUCAUGUUCAGAUUCACUAAAAGUACACCAGAGAAUUCACACAGGAGAGAAACCUUAUAGCUGUGAUCAAUGUGGGAAGAGUUUUACUCAGUCAGGCUGUCUGGUAGUGCACCAGAGAACACACACAGGAGAGAAACCUAACCACUGCUCUGACUGUGGGAAAAGUUUCUCAAGAUUAGAUUCACUAAAAGUACACCAAAGAAUUCACACGGGAGAGAAAAAUUUCCGCUGCUCUUACUGUGGGAAACAUUACUCAAGGUUAAAUUCACUACAAGGACACCUGAGAAUUCACACUGGAGAGAAAUCUUAUAGCUGUGAUCAAUGUGGGAAGAGUUUUGCUCAGUCAGGCAACCUGCUAGUGCACCAGAGAACACACACAGGAGAUAAACCUUAUGGCUGUGAUCAAUGUGGGAAGAGUUUUACUCAGUCAGGCAGCCUGAAAUCACACCAGAGAAUACACACUGGAGAGAAACCUUAUGGCUGUGAUCAAUGUGGGAAGUGUUUUACUCAGUCAGGCAGCCUGAUAGUGCACCAAAGAGCACACACCGGAGAGAAACCUUAUGGCUGUGAUCAAUGUGGGAAGAGGUUUGUUGCAUCUAACUAUCUGACUACACAUCAGCGAACACACACAGAGCAAUCUUAUAGCUGUAAUCAAUGUGGGAAGAGUUUUACUCAGCCAAACACUCUGAUAGUACAUCUGAGAACACACACAGGAGAGAAACCUCAUGGCUGUGAUCAAUGUGGGAAGAGAUACUCUGAUAAAAGAUCUCUGAUAAAACAUCAGACAAUACAUACAUGAACGAGUUGUUUCAUGAUAUCAAUUAAAUAAUUUCACAAUGUAGAAUGUUUUAACAUUGUAGUAGGAGUAUGUUAAUGAUGUCACAAUGUAGAACCCUAAAUGUUUGCCCCCUGUUCUAUUGAUUUCAACAUGAUAUGGCUAUUAACCUCAGGGGGAAAAUCCAGGCUCUGAAAUGAAUGAGUACUAUUUAUAUGAUUUAACAAAGUGAGUAACAAAAAGAGUUGUGUUAUACUUACCACAUUAGUGACCCACUUGAAUCAAAAUGCAGCACUUAAAUGUAGCAAGCUCUUUUCUAAAAAUUGUCCUCUAACCAGUGAUGUACACAUUAUUCACUGAUUCUGUGUGGUUUCUGAGCUGUUAAAAUUAACAUGAUGUCCCCCCUCUCUUGUGCAAUAUGAGUGAUGACAAAUACGUGUUGUGUUUCUCUUAGUGUUAGGGACCCAUAAACUCAAAAUGUAGCUGA